AUGGAGCUUAUAAAGAACAAAAAGAGUCGCCAAAUUAGUUUCAAGAGAAUGAAGGCAAAUCUGAUGAAGAAGGCUUCCGAACUUCAUACCUUAUGUGACGUGGACGUGUCCAUUAUUACCAUUCCACCGAACACCGACGGUGAAGACGAGGAGCAAUUACAGUCUGAGAUCUGGCCAGCGGAAGGAUCUGACAAGUUCCUUUCUCAAAUUGAAGAAUUCAAGAAACAAUCGCAUGAGGAGAAGAUGAAGAGGACAAUCGAAGUCGAUAGUUACUUAGAGGGGAGGUGCAAGAAACUCGAAGAUGAAAUUAUUAAGCAAAGGAAGAAGAACUAUGACGCCGUUUAUCCAAGUUGGAAUCAUCCUUACUACAAUGACUUGCCGGAAGAGAAACUUCUUGGAUCGCAGCAACCUGAUUAUCAUCAUCAUCAUCCGUCUGAAUUCAUUCCUAAUAUGACAUCGAAUUUUCAUGACAACAUUGUUGAUAAUAAAUAUCUGUUGUUGGAUCAACAACAACCAGAUAAUCUAUUUGAUAAUUUGAUUUACGACUACGACUACUACGCCUCAACGAUUCCGUCUGAUUUGAUGAAUAUCGACAGAGACGACAGAUUCAGAACGAUCGACAUCAAUAAUAAUAUGAUUCAUAUGCUGCAGAAUGAUUACGAAGAACAACGAAUUAGAUAUUACUCUAGAAUGAUGCAGAACAAUAAUAAUACAAUGCAAUAUCAAUCUCUGAUGGAUACGACGGGAUCUACGAUGCACUAUCAAUAUGUACCUUCGUCGUUAUCGUCAUCAUCAUCGUCAUCUUCUUCGUCGAUCUUCAAUAGUGGUUAUUCUGACACCUGUGGUGAAUCUCAAUUAUUGCAUCCUCAUCCUCCUCCUCUUCUUACGCAGAAUCAUAUGGAUGUUAAUUGGAACCAGUAUUACUGCGCUUGA